UCUGUGCCGAGAUGGAACGCUGGAGAGGUAAAGUGGCGGUGGUGACGGGAGCCAGUGCCGGUAUAGGGGCCGCUAUAGCAGAGAAAUUAGUGGAAGAGGGUUUGCGGGUAGUCGGAUUGGCUAGAAGAAAACACAGGAUUGAAGAAUUGGCAGCAACUUUGGAAGGAAAACCCGGAAAAUUGUACGCCUACAAGGUCGACAUGACCAAACAAGAAGAAAUCCAGGAAGCCUUCAAGUGGAUCAAAGAAAACGUCGGACCUGUGCACAUUCUGAUCAACAACGCCGGAAUCAACAGAAAAACAACAAUAAUUGACGGUAACAUCGAGGAUUGGAAAAAGGUCCUAGACACCAACAUCUUAGGACUGGCCGUAGCUUCACGUGAAGCUAUCAAAAUAAUGCAAGAGCACCUCAUCGAUGGACACAUAGUCAACAUCAACAGUGUCUCGGGUCACCAAGUGGCGUCUUUGCCCUUCCUGAAUGUCUAUCCGGCUUCCAAAUACGCCGUUACUGCCCUUACGGAAACGCUGAGGAAGGAGUUGGUCGCCAUUAAGAGCAAGAUCAAGAUAUCUAGCGUCAGUCCUGGGAACGUUAACACCGACAUCUACGCCGCUAAUGGGUUCUUGGACGACGAAGAAGUACUCAAGUUGCUACGGAUAGCGCCCAGCUUGCAGUCUGAAGAUGUGGCAAAUGCCGUGAUCUACGUUUUGGGAACACCACCGCACGUGCAGGUAGCUGAGCUUACUAUCAAACCAGUUGGAGAGUUUGUCUAGGGUCUAGAGCACUGAUUUUCUAACUUUAAUCUUGUUUAACUAAAUAAAAAAUAACCACAACU